CGGGGGCUGCCCCCCGCGCUCCUCGCCGCCGGGCCCCCUUGUCCCCCGGGGGCCGGGCUUGUCGGGGGGUCGGGAGCGCGGAGGGGGACGCUUAGGGGGUGUCGGGGCGUCGGGCUUACGGGCCCCCCUCGGUGCGCUGCCGCCGGCUCUCUCCGCCGCGACCCUCAGCAGGGUGUGCGCCCUCCGGGCCGGGGGAAGGCGGAGCACCAUGGUGGAGAAGCGGUGCCCGCGGCUGCAGCGGGACGGAGUGUACCGCUGGUUCUCCGAGCUGCCGUCUCCGCAGCGUGUGGAGUUCCUGUGCGGCCUCCUGGAUCUGUGCAUCCCGCUGGAGCUGCGCUUCCUAGGCGCCUGCCUGGAGGACCUGGCCCGCAAGGACUACCACUCGCUGCGUGACUCCGAAAUCAAGGCCAACAACCCCGCCGACCUGGGGAGCCUCACCAACCUGACGGACGAGGUGGUACGCAGCAAACUGCUGGUGUCUCUUGCUCUGCUCGGGUCUGCACACCGAGAGGCCGCCGGGGUCCUCUUCCGUACCCUCACCCACAUCGAUUCGGUCAUCAACAACUAUGGGCUACAACUCAACGAGGGCCGCACAGGGGAUGAGUUCCUGUUGCUCUUUACAAUGGCAUCCAACCAUCCUGCUUUCAGCUUCCACCAGAAACAGGUCCUGAGGCAAGAGCUCACUCAGAUCCAGAAUAUCAUGGCCAGCACCAGCAAGAAUCCAAGCACCUCUACCCUCAACACCAUGGCAACCUAUCCUGGCUGCCAUAAGGUCACGCCAAGGUCCGAGACCCCCAUCAACAGUGUCAGCAACAGUCUGGAAAAUGUACUACAUACAUCAACACAUUCCAUUGAGGAGUCAUUACCCAAGAGGCCUUCGGGGAAACACUCCAAAGUGAGUGUUGAAAAAGUGGAAUUAAAGGGACUGGCACACAAGAAGAAUGAAAGAAGUGUCGAAUAUUCCUUUGAGGUCCUGUGGUCUGAUUCUUCAGUGACGUUGGUAACCAAAUCUUCCUCUGAAGUGACUGAUUUUAUCUCAAAGCUGUCUCAGCUGUAUCCAGAAGAAAACUUGGAGAAAUUCAUUCCUUGCCUAGCCGGUCCAGAUUCAUUUUACCUAGAACGGAACCACAUGGACCUGGAAUCAGACCUUAGGUAUUUGGCACCGUUACCUUCCCAUGUGGUGAAAAAUGACCACGUUAGGAAGUUCUUCAGCACUUCAUCUCCUUCACAGCAACUUCAGAGUUCGAAUCCUGGCAACCCCUCCCUUUAUAAAGUAGGAACCACGCUGGGAACAUCUGGAAGACCUAUAUGUGGAGUGGCUGGCAUUCAGUCUUCUCAGAAUCACGUUCAACACUCAGCUGCUGCUCCCGUUGCACUACCCCACUGUUCCCAUGCAGGAGGUACCGGCUCGUCGCUGGCCUAUCGCACUCAGAUGGACACCUCUUCUUCACCCAUGUUAAUGUCUUCCAGUCCACAGACUCCUCAGACACAGGAGCAAAACGGGAUCUUAGACUGGCUCAGGAAACUGCGGUUGCACAAAUACUAUCCUGUCUUCAAACAGCUCACGAUGGAGAAGUUUCUGAGUCUUACUGAGGAAGAUCUGAAUAAGUUUGAAUCCCUCACCAUGGGAGCAAAGAAGAAGCUCAAGACCCAGCUAGAGCUGGAGAAAGAAAAGUCGGAGAAACGGUGCCUAAACCCCUCAACACCUUCUUCAGUUACCAGCAGCGGUGUGGCGAGGGUCCCCCCUACUACACAUGUAGGGCCAAUCCAGAGUAUUCGUGGCAACCAUGCUGCAGAGCUGCGAGUGGAUGUGGAUCAGCCAGCUCACCCCUUGCCCCGUGAGGGCAGCUCAUCUGAGUAUUCCAGCUCUUCUUCCAGCCCCAUGGGGAUCCAGACAAGGGAAGAGAGCUCGGACAGCGCUGAGGAGAACGACAGACGUUUGGAGAUUCACUUAGAUGGUUCUGAAAAGGAGAAGCCAGUGAUGUUACUGAAUCAUUUUGCUUCAAGCUCUGCCAGACCCACAGCUCAAGUCUUGCCAGUGCAAAACGACGCAGGCUCCAAUCCGUCCAGCCACCACGCUCUGCCCAUGCAAAUGAUGUCAGCGGCCUCUACUCACAUCACCCCCAUUCGGAUGCUAAACUCAGUGCAUAAAUCAGAGCGUGGCAAUGGAGACAUGAAGCUCCUCUCAUCGUCCAUGCAUUCUCUUUUAUCUUUAGAAGAGAGAAAUAAAGUUUCUCCUGGAUCUAGGGGCAGCAUUAAAAUGGAAAAGAGCUUUGGAAAUACAGUGGUGGAUGUAAUGUCUGCAUCUUCUCCCCACCAGCCCUUGCAAGUGCUGUCAGGGGCUGCGGAGAACAGCUCACCCACUUCUACUAUUAACUUUGGUCCUCGAACCAAAGUUGUGCAUGCUUCAACUCUGGACAGAGUGAUAAAAACAGCUCAGCAGCCAGGAUUAAUAGUAGAAACGAGUACCGCUGCCACUGUAACAUCCAGCACAGUCUUCCACGUGGCUCGUCCACCCAUCAAACUCCUGGUGUCUUCGUCUCUUCCUACUGAUCCUGCCAUUGCCGGACAGACUUCCUGCUCCAGUAAUAUGCAAAUAACGGUGUCCCCUGCAAUAAUAAAUCCCCGGACUGCUCUGUACACAGCCAACACCAAAGUUGCCUUUUCUGCAAUGAGCAGCGUGCCAGUGGCCCCAAUGCAAGGCAGCUUCUGUGCAAACAGCAACGCAGCCUCCUCCAGCAGCCACCCAUCCACAUCCUACGCGACCAUGGCCAACCUGCCCAGCUGCCCCGCACCCAGCUCCAGCCCCACGCUCUCCUCUGUUGCCGACAACAACUUCUACAGCAGCAGCAGCAGCAGCAGUAGCAGCAGCAGCAGCGGCAGCAGCGGAUCCGCAGGGAGCAUCCCGGUACCAAACCAGAACCACCACCACCAUCACCACCAGCAGCAGCAGCCGCAGCCGCAGCCGCCCGGGUGCAUGGUGUGCAGCUCCUGCGGGUGCAGUGGGAACUGCGGCACCGGCGGUAUGACCGUCAGCUACGCCAACUAUUUCCAGCACCCAUUUUCAGGCCCGUCAAUGUUUACUUUUCCGUUUCUGCCCUUCAACCCUCUGUGUAGUAACGGCUACAUCAACACGCAGCAGUACAACAGCAGCACGACCUUCCCCGUGGUCCACACCGCUUACAACAGCGGCAUAGCACCGGACUCCAUGAUGGCCGGGCAGUCGACGUUUGCGGUACCGCCGAUGCAGAACUUUAUGGCAGGGACAGCAGGGGUGUACCAGGCACAGGGAAUGAUGGGAAACAGCAAUGGUUCGAGUCACAAAAAAAACGGGAAUCUCUCCUGUUACAACUGCGGGGCCAGUGGUCACAGAGCUCAGGACUGCAAACAGCCUCCCAUGGAUUUCAAUCGACAAGGUACGUUUAGGCUGAAGUACGCCCCUCCCUCUGAAAGUCUUGACUCCACAGACUGAUAUUUUAUCAUCUGGCAAGAAAAUACUGUAAGCCAUGGAGAUACAAGGAGAUUGAACUACAAAACUGAGACGUCCAGUUGCUGUUAAGCUUAAUGUAUUUUUUAAUCCAAAGGUGCUUUACUUUAUUAGACUAGGUAGAAAAUCUAGCUUUUAGGGGUGCAUCGAACCCAUUUUUGAUUGCCAAAUUCAAGCUUGGAUCUUGUUGCUGGAACUUCUGACUCCGUGUCAUGGGAUUGAUGGAUGGAUGGUGG